AUUAGUACAAUCUGCAACUCACACAAUCUUGGGUGGAGAGCUAUGGCCGUCCGAUAACUUGGAGGGUACGUACCUACCUUGGUUGCCAUUGAGCACUUACACCCGACACCUGGAGCCUAUCGACAGUGCGUGCCAUCUCUGCUGCUGCCACGCCCUGCGCGCCACGCCUGCUCGUCCAAUUCUUUUCCUCCUGCGACUGCCGGAUCCUCCCCAACGUAUAUAGACUCGUGGAGCCCCCCGGUACCUUGCCCGCACCCUCUCGCGCUUCCUUCAAGUCUUCUUCCCCGUGUCGGCGUCGAGCCUGUACUUCGUCGUCACUCCUUCCUGUCCCGGGACACUGCUCUCGCCUCGCGUUCACUCGUCGAGGUCCUGGCCUACCUUGAUCGCCAGCAACCAACUUAUUGUCACCACCCACCAGCUUUACACACAACCUCGCCACGAUGAGCUGGCAUCCCUCGUACUCGUGGACCGGCGCGCCCGCCGAGUUCAAUGGCACAAACACAGAGACUGGCGGCGACCCAGAGACCGAGAACCUGAACCAAUGGUACUCGCCUGGUGAUCAGGCCUUCAUCCUCAUUUCCGCCGCCAUGGUCUUGCUCAUGGUUCCCGGAAUCGCCUUUCUCUACUCCGGUCUCGCUCGCCGCAAGUCUGCCCUCUCCGAGAUCUGGGUCGUCAUGAUGUCCUUCAGUGUCGUCAUUUUCCAGUGGUAUUUCUGGGGUUACAGUCUGGCCUUCAGUUCGACAGCUACCAACGGCUUCAUUGGCGAUCUCCACAAAUUCGGCCUCAUGAACACCUUGGGCGCCCCCUCGCCCGGUUCGCCUCUCAUCCCGGAGUUGCUCUACUCCUUCUACCAGAUGAUGUUCUGCGGCGUCACGGCUGCCCUCGUCAUUGGCUGUGUUGCUGAGCGUGGUCGCGUGCUCCCCGGCAUGAUCUUCACCUUCUUCUGGGCCACGCUUGUCUACUGUCCCAUCGCGUGCUGGGUGUGGAACAUCAACGGAUGGGCUUUCAAGUAUGGCGUUCUCGACUAUGCCGGCGGCGGCCCCGUUGAGAUCGGAUCCGGUGUCUCUGCUCUCGCCUACUCUUGGGUCCUGGGCCGGCGUCACGAGAAGAUGAUGCUCAACUUCCGCCCCCACAACGUCUCGCUCGUCACCCUUGGCACCGUCUUCCUGUGGUUUGGCUGGCUCGGCUUCAACGGCGGUUCCGCCUUUGGCGCCAACCUUCGUGCCGUCAUGGCCUGCUGGAACUCGUGCCUGACUGCCAUGUUUGCGUCCAUGACCUGGUGCCUGCUUGAUUUCCGACUUGCCCGCAAGUGGUCCAUGGUUGGCUGGUGUUCCGGCUGCAUUUCUGGCCUUGUCGCUGCCACUCCCGCCUCUGGUUUCAUCCCUCCGUGGGCGUCCAUCGUGCUCGGUGUCGUCACUGGUGUUGCUUGCAACUUUGGCACCAAGAUCAAGUUCCUCAUCAAGAUCGACGACUCUCUCGAUGUCUUUGCCGAGCACGCCAUCGGCGGCAUUGUCGGCCUCAUCUUCAACGCGCUCUUCGCCGACCCCGGCAUCGUUGGCCUCGACGGCGUCAACAACGGCCUCGUCACCGGCGGCUGGAUCAGGCAGCACUAUGCUCAGCUGUACAUCCAGGUUGCCUACAUCUGCGCCGCCUGCGCCUACUCGUUUGUCAUGUCGGCCCUGAUCGCCAAGGCCAUCGAUAUCAUCCCCGGCCUGCACCUUCGCGCCAGCGAGGAGGCUGAGCUGCUCGGCAUGGACGACGACCAGCUCGGCGAGUUUGCCUACGACUACGUCGAGGUCCGCCGUGACUUCCUCGCCUGGACGCCCGCCAAGGAGGUGCAGGCUGAGGACAACCACCGCAUCGAGCCCCAGCACGGUAUCGAGGAGCACGCUAAGCUCGCCAACACCAACGGCAGCCACGUCGACGGCAGCAGUUCCCUGGGCGCCGAGCAAGAAAAGGAGGGUGCCUCGGCGCGCGCCCCGGCCAAGGAGCAGGCCGCCGAGGCCGAGGCCGGCAUCCCGGCGAUCCGGCCUCAGCAAUAAAAGCUUCGUCCUCACACAAAGGAUGAAAGGUCUUUCUGCGUCGCUUGCUUCUUCUGUUUCCAUGUUCGCGGAAAAUACCUAGCCAAAUUUAUUUUUGUUAUUUUGGAUAUGUACCUCGUCUUUAUCUACGUAUCGGCCCCCAACCGCUCCUUGUAGCAACAGUUAUCUCUCCGCCGGGAGCUAGGGGCGAACAAUCCAAAAAGAAAGUUGGGGGAUAGACUGUACACAAGCGUUGCGUUUUUACAUUUUUUGGACAGUGUGAAGGAAAGACAUAUCACAUAUGCUUUAUUCGUUAUACCCAAAAUUUAACUUUUUUCUACAACUCUUUCGUAAUACCGUUCUCAAAAUAUUGCUGCUUCAACCUGGCGGGUCUUU